AUGGAGGACAAAGAGAUAGUAAUGCCACACGGACCGUAUACUGUUAACAAUAGGCCAAUGAUACUAAAGGAAUGGGAUCCAAGUUUUCAGAUUAAAAACAAGUCCAUGAGAAUUGUUCCACUGUGGGUCAAUUUUCCAGGUUUGCCUAUUCAAUGUUGGACUGAGGAAAACCUAGGAAGAAUUGCUAGCCUUCCAGGUAAGCCUAUUUGUACUGAUAGGCUAAUUGCUGAAUGUGAGAGGAUCUCAUUUGCUCGGGUACUAGUUGAAAUGGAUAUCACACAGCCUUUACCAGAUGAAGUCCACAUUGAGAUCCCUGAUCAAAGAAGCUGGAUACAAAGGGUGGAAUUCGAGUGGAAGCCAAAAUUCUGCCUGGAGUGUAACAACUUUGGGCAUGACAAAGGGAAAUGUCAACAGGCUGAGGAACAUAAAGAAGAAGUUAAGCAGAAAAGAAGAAGAAAGAAGAGGAACAAAAUGGAAUGGAAGCCAAAGGAAGCAAAGGAAUCCAACCAGCAACAAAUAGAUGCAACUGAACAUGAAGAUAAACAGGAACAAGAUAAAGGCAAGCAGAAGAUGAACAUAUAA